AUGGCACCUUGGACGACGUCGUCACGCGGUCUAAGCUCGUGGCUGGUUGUGUCGAUUCUCUUUCUACUCAGUUUUGCUACGGCCCAAGGUUUGACGACCUCGUCUGCGAUGAAUCCAACACUAUUCAUUAGUAGGCUCCGAGGAGGGACCGACGAGUUUUAUCGCAACCUCAUCGUCGCAGUCAAGAUCGCUAUGUGUGAACACGACUUGGCCAAGAACAUGGUGCGGAUCGUGAACAGCAGCACCGACGACGCCUACAAGGACGACGAUGGUGGUUGUGUCAGACUACAAGUGACAAACCAAACAGACAGCGACGCUGUGGCUGCCUACGACGAGGGGCUCUGCGAGGUGCAGCCGAACUGCUACUGGGCUCCGAUUGAAGACGGAGACACGAAUCGAGCCAAAGUGUACGCUGAUCCAGACAGUUCCAUGGAUAAAGACACAUCGAGCGCCAAACUAAAAGAAUGGAUCGUUGGUGUCGUGGGUUUCAUAGUCCCUGGUGUCGUAUUGGGCGUGGUAAGUCUACUCACGAUGGCCUUCUUCUUGAUCUGCCGCUGCUGCUGCAACCCAUGCGCAGGCCGCCACUCUCGGAAACAGGGCUACACCCGCGCUCACAAGUUUGUGUCGUUGCUGCUCUUCCUGUUCUUCUCCAUGGCCGUCUUCGUGAUAAGCACAGCAGCGUUGCUCUAUCGCAACUCGAUUCUAGGAUCUGUGGACGAGAUUUUCCACGCUAGCUCCGGUCUGUUAGAGAACGGCAGCGACUGGGUCGUCAGCAUCCGCACCCCACUCGAGAACGUCCGCGACAAGGUCAACAGCUCGGUGGAGCUCGUCAUCAUGGAGCUCAACGGCUCCGACUUCAUCGAGAAUGGCGUCUACGGCCUCAUCGGGAAGCUCCGCGUGUUCGGAGACUUCGCGGCCAACCGCACGCUGCCCGAUGGCUGCUCUGUGGAUUCUGACCAGUCCAAGGAGAAGUACAUCGGUACGAUCGGCAAUGUCUGUCUUCCCUGUGGCAUCUGUACGUCGAUCAGUACGGAGAUCGACACAGCCUCGAACCAAAUCGAGGCGAAAGCAGACCCCGGCGUCCAGCAGCUCAUCACGGUUCGGUCGCAACUGAACAACAAGCUCGUUAACGUGGCGGACUCGGUUCGAGACGCCGUGGACUCAAAGGCUCAGCUAGCGGACCAACUUAUCACCACUCUGGACGCCACGCGUGGCAAGGUGGACAGCUACGACGGCACUUUCCAGGCGUACCGAGAUGACGUGGGGAUUGAAAUCAUGCGGCUGUUCUGGUUUGCCGGUGGUGUGAUAGCGCUGGGGCUUGUGGGGAUUCUCUUCGGUCUCACGCCGCUCAAGUCGCUGGUUAACCUCAUCCAUGUGGCGCGACACGCUCUCAUCUUCUCCACCAACUGGACGGUGCCGCUGGGGGACUCCGCUCGCGCUGUGGACGCGUGUUUCCAGAACGAAUCGCUGCUGGACGUGUUCAAUCUGUCCACUCAGCUGGCGUUCGCUCGGGGAGGCAUCAACUUCCCCACAAUUAACGUGGACUCGAUGCUUGAUUUCUCAGCUCUGGACAACUUCUCGACCCAAAUGCAGACCACGAAGGAGGACACUUUCGCCUUCACGGUCAAGCCCUUCGACGAGGUUGUGGUCUUCGUCAACUCGUACGCGUCACAGGACUCGCUGUACUGUGAGCUGGACGACAAGUACACGGCGGAGAACGUGCUUCAGCCCUGGCAAGACAACGGCGAGUCGUCCGUGGAGACUCCAGUGAAUUACAUCACGCUGCGGUACGAACCCCACAACGACAACUGCUCUGGGAUCCCCCCUCCCGACUACGGCCAGCCCUUUGCGUGUACGAGCCACUCCAACCCGUGUCCGUUCUCGGCGUUCAUGGGCGAGCAAUUCAAGGUCCUCGUCAAUUUGGCCGACGUCAACAACAGCGUCGUCGUGUUUGUUAACCAGCUCCAGCAGAACGUCACUGACGUCGUCGACUUCACGCGCGAGUUCAUGGCCAAUAUCACCAGCCUCUUGGGCAGGAUAGAGAGGAUCAAGGACAACCUCGAGAACAGCCUCAUCAAGUACGUGAACGACUUCGAGAAGGUCAUGUACUGCACCUUCAUCGCCGACGGAUUCUUCAGCAUCUACGACGCAAUUUGCGUACACAUGGCCCCGUCGAUCACGAUGAUCGGCCUCAUGCUCUUGGCCGUCGGGUUCCUUCUCAUCCCAGUCAACGUCACCCUGAUUAUUGGCGUCAAGAGACUCAAAGCACGCAGAUUCGGCCCCGUAAUGGCCUCGGACACAAAGUUCUCUGACAAGAAACUCGCUCGCAAGUUGAUCGCCCCGUCGAGGUGA